CAACUCAUAAUCCCCACAAACCCAAACCACAUACAAAACACAAAUUAAGGAUGUCAACCAUGGCCACACCUAUCACCAGGUCGUCACUGCUUCUAGUCCUGCUUGUGAUUGCAGCCCUCGCCGGAACUUCAUCGGCGUGGAGCAUAUGGCCGUACAAACACAUCCACGUCAUCAACGGUCUAACCAAAAGUGUCUUGCACGUCCAUUGUCGAUCGGAAAAUGACGACAGAGGGUAUAACGAUGUGGUUGUUGGGGCGGAAUUCACAUGGAGGUUCAAACCACAUGUAUUCUGGACCACCAAGUGGACAUGCGAGGUGUCCACGGACGAUCAGCGUCGUGCUAUCUUCGAUGCGUACAAGGAGGACGCAGACGAACAGAGCAGGGAGCAUAAGAACAAUACAUUUUGGGUUGUGAAAGAGGAUGGUGUUUAUCUUCGACAUAUUGAAGAUAAUAAAGAUCAAUACUCGACAAAAUGGCAAUAGAUUUAGGAACUAAAUUUAUGAUUAUAUAAAUUAGCCUACUUUUGAAUAAGCUUUGGACUUGCUAUAUGAUUGUAUGCCUCUAUUAGAUAUAAAAAAAAAAAAAAAAUUAUGUCAAUCCACAUUCCUAUUUUUUAAUUUCUAAACUCAUACCAUCCUCAUCUCUGUGCGGGUGAAGCUUUCCAUUCUCACCACAUCUCAUGGUUUUCGAAUGCCCCAGCAUAAUUCUGGUUGUCAAGUUUUGAUUCUUAUAUUAUCUUAUUUUUUAUAGUUAGGUCAAAAUUUCAUUAAGCUCCGACAAAAUCGAUGAUAAAUACUAUAGCAAUUC